AUGGGGUUUCUUAUUCGUCUAUACCACCACUUGGCGGAUCAAGAACGUCUAGAAUGGCUUAUGGGUUUUGCCAUGUACGAUGAACGUGUAUACGAGGUCGUUAAUCAGCAUCACCUUGUGCCUUCGAUUCUUCAAACGCUCCCUUAUUCACUUGCAGCGCAGUUUCUAGCGCGUGGCAUGUGUUAUGACAGCAUUCGUGAAGAAGUCGUCUCCAAUUUUCCUUACUUAUGCAGGAUGCUUUCUUCUUGCAAAACUGUAGCUGAAGGUGCGGCUCUAUCGUCCUUGAUUGGAAAUUGUGGAUUAUUGGAGCAGCAACGAAUGCAGAUACUCUGUCAUGAUGAAGUAUAUCAGCUGAUGAUUCUUUCGGACUCAAUUUUUGCACAGCGUGCUGCUCUCCGUUUGCUCGCAUACGCUUGCUCAGAUGAUUCACUUUCCGAUACCGUAGUCCAGCUGCAAUACCGAUCGGAUAUCCUUAAGCAUAUUAAUAAAGUCUUUGUAUCGACUCCUGACGUUGUCUCGCGCCGACUUUCUCUGCGUUGCUUGGCUCUAAUGGGUGGCUUCAAUGAGAGCCGUGCGGAUGUGAAACAAACUGAGGCUUCAUUAUAUGCGAUUUCACAAGUAGUGCCAGAAUUUAUGGCGUACUUUUUAACGACAUUUGUCUACGUAGGGCUUCGUAUGUGGUUGAGACGCGCAUCAGGUGCCGGGAAGCGAUGGGAAGUCCAUCGACGCGCAUUCUUCUCGUCCAUGUAUUGUGGGUUGCUUGGCGUAUACUGUGGCUCAAUCUUAGAGUACCGCCUGAAUAAGUGUCGUGUCUUAUAUGCGCGUCCCCAAAAACAAUAUAAAAACCCUAGAAAGGACGAGUCAAGUUGCGAUAUUGCAUACACUGAGAAUUCAUAUUUAAAUUUAAAUGAUAUAACACAGCGGGUACGCCAGAUGCAGCUGACUACAUACGGCAUCACAACAAGUUUUCUCCUUGUUUCAUCUCUUCGCCUAACCCAAGUGACUUUUCCUGCAUGGAUGGGUGAUGUGGCGUGGCGCUAUCCCUUCGUACCCCGACUGUUUCCCGCUCUUGUGGGGUUACCUACUGCCUCGCGUUGCCUAGCUCCUUUCGUUGUGGUUCCUUUCACGAUAGUUUACGUGCUCCGGCCUAAUAACUGGGGCACUAGCUUUUAUGAUUAUUAUAUUGGAAUGUGGAUGUAG